AACAGAUUAUUUUCAUGUAGUUCUUUGUUUGAACACGCAUACAUUCAUGUAACUAUUUGCAUAGGUUUUUGACAGUCAACUUAUUCUGCCAAUGAUCUGAAGAAGAGAGAUUCCAUCAUAGUCAUCACCCCUUCAUCGUCUGUGCAACUACAGCGUUCAGUACUUUGUGAUCAGGGUAUUAAUUUCACUCCUCUUCACUUUUUCUUGGUGUCUUCUAGUCAGACCUAUAACUACAAGAGCCAGUACUAAUUAAGUAGAAAGCUGGAGCUGCUUUGGCGCAGACCCAUUCCUUACUAAUGAUGAGAGCUUUGCUCUGUUAAUCCUCAAACUAAUCCCAAAGGACGUGAUGGAGAGAAAAAGUGCCACGCCUUAGGUCUGGAUAGGGCAACGGGUCAAUGCAGGUAUGGUAAUAGGAUGAACUUUAUGCUAUUAAAACUUUCACUUGCAUUCAACCGGAGAAGACUUGAAUGAAUGAACCUAAAAAUAAUUGGAUUAAUUCACGCGUUGCCGUUUCCAGAGCUUGUACAGAUGUUUGAUGAAGUGAAAAACUCAAAUAUAAUAAGACACAGUCAAUAUCUCAUUCGAGAUUUUGGAUCUCCGAAGAUCCCACGGAACCGGAUCCCGAGCUUCCAACAGCGUAGUUGCUCACAGGCAUUGCGGCCGGCGUCGGUGUACGGUCUCCGCGAAGCUCCCGGAAACUCAUGUCCGUGCCGUCGCGGCUUGAGAUUUUGGAAGAUUCAUUGAUUGUUUCAAUAUAAUUUGAAUUCACCAAAAUUAUCCAUCUCAUUGUAACUGCUGCCCCCUGAUUUCCACAAACUUCUAGCGGUACUGUAAUCCACUUUUGGAAGAGAAACAACACGUGGUUUCUUUGCAAAUCUCUUUCGACCGCUUUUAUUUUACAGCGAUGUUAACCGUACAAGGUUUGCGAACGGAAUGAUUUAUUUUCUGCUUCUCCCUUCUCCCCUUCUCAGUGCGCGCUUUUUGUUUGAACGAAGUUGCCAUUGCAUUUUUCGCCGUUGGCGUUUGACAACGCCGGCGGGGUUCGCCAAAUCGCAGCAACCAGUGCUGCCGUUUGUCGUGAUUUUUCAUUUCACGCUUGAAGAUCUUCGAAAUUAGACGCGGUGGCGGACAUUCUCUGCCUCGGCUGCGAAGCUGAAACUUCUUCAAGACUUGUAAUUUCAUCAAGCCCUGAAGGUUCCGGAAGUUGUCUCAGCUGGAGCUGCACGGAUACAGUACACUGACGCAGGACGCCAUGCCUGGACGUCUGCAGCACGUGAGCAACUACGCCAUCGUAAGCUCAGGAUCCGAUUCGGCGGGUUCCGGUACGUUGGCGCGGGACGCCAUGCCUGGAUGAAUGCAGCACGCGAGCAACUACAAGCCGUUACAAGCCGAGGCGACCCGGAGAUGAGUAUCAUCGGAAUUACAAGCUGCAAUACUACAGCUUCGACGGAACAGCUUAACACGUCGUCCGGCUCGCAAAAAAGGAUUCGAUACGCUGGAGACGUCACAGACUUGGAUAACAUCAGUCCCCAAGAGGCGAAGGCAGUGCUUCCCAAAUUCCAUAAGCAACUACACGAUGCUCUGAAACGGAACAGACGCCUGAAGCAGCAAAAUUAUCGCUUGAAGAAGAAGUUGAACAAGCUGGAGACAAUUACAAACGAGUUGAAGCGACAGAACAUCAUUUCGACUCAGGGAGCAAUUUUGAUGAAGCAACAAAAUUGCAAUGAACUUCUGAUAGAACUUACAAGAGGCCCAAGCGGAAACAGAAACACGGCAGUUGUCCGAACUUUUGCCACGACAGUGUUCUUCUACUCAGCAAAACAAUUGAUUCGGGACGAAGCGACAGAACACGACUGGGCAACAUGCAGCAAAAUUUGUUUGAACUUGAUCCGCGGCUGACGGCGGUUGAGAUAAAGCUAGAAGCCCUCGAAGAAAGGUUGGAAGCCCUGGAGCGAAGCAGAUACCCCGAUCUCUCCACCCAGUCUCCCGCCGGCCCGUCCUACGUCAUCUCCCUCGAAGAAAGGUUGGAAUCCCUGGAGCGAAGCAGAUACCCUGAUAUCGCCAUCCAGUCUCGCGCCACCCAUCUUCGCACCACUUAGCCUCGUGCCGGCCCGUCCUACGGCAUCUCGUCACACGACAUCGAUUCCCCGGCCCAUGUCACCCCGGCUACUACAUAAGGAAGAGAAACAACACGUGGUUUCUUUGCAAAAACUCUUUCGACCGAUUUUAACUGCUGGGUUUGCGGUUUUUAGUUUACAAUAUGUAUUGAAUCUCAGGAUGUGAUGUAUUCAAAUCGGAUUACAGAGUACCAUUCUAGCUUAUCAAAAUGUGAAUAUUGAAUGCAGUUGAAUGAUUAGGAAGUAAAGAACUCUAAUCGGAUUAAUUAAUAAAUAUUUCUGAACGAAC